AUGAAGAGACAGGGAAUCUUCGUUCAACGAGAGAGAGGUGAGGAUAUCGUGAUUCCGGACACUCCUCUGCCACAAUCUACACCGACUACCUGGGCGCCACGACAAGCGGUGCUGUCAACUCAACCCAGUAAGCAGCCGGUGAAGAGGAGGCUAGUUUUCGAGGACGAGGCUGUGCUCACUCAAUCAAAGAAACGUGUGCCGGAAGAGGAGGAGGAGGACAGCUCGAUCGUGCCUCUCUUGAGGGAGGAGGGGGAAGUGGAGACAGAGGACGAGAACGAGAUGCAAUCAGAGAACUUUCUGAGAUUGUUGAAUAGGCGCGCCGAGAAGCCAUGGACGCCUCUCCGCGAGUUGGAAGAGGGGUUGCCAUAUCCGAUAUGUGACGUGAGAGAGGCGUCCAACCAGCACGGACGGCAAAUUGUGCUCAAAAUCCGGGUACCCGGACUACGUACAACAGAUGUUCAUCUUCCAGAAAGAUUUACCCGGAUUUUGAGCACAAAAGACAUUGAAAAUUUUAAAUUGAAGUGCAAAACCUUAUCUCUGUUUGUAAAGCAUGUUAAUGCUUUUAUGACUGACAUAAAAAUUGUUAAAUGCUAAAUUAGCAUUUAGCAUUUUUUAUGUCACUGACCAUCUAGCAUUAACAUGCUUUACAUGUUAAU